AUGGCUGGUAGAAAUGAUCGUGCGAUUGCUGAUGCUCUCCAAGCAUUAGCCCAAGCUAUGAACAACAACAAUAUGACUGGAGUUGCUCCUAACUGGUUGGAGCAAUUUCAGAGGAAUCAUCCACCCACUUUCAAAGGAGGUUAUGACCCAGAGGCUGCCAUGAAUUGGUUAACGGAGAUUGAAAAGAUCUUCAAUGUUAUGGAUUGUCCCCUUACACAGAAGGUGAGGCUGGCCACCUUCAUGCUGACUGCUGAUGCUUACUUUUGGUGGGAAGGAGCACUUCGGAAGAUAAUUGAUGGAGGUAUGCACUUGAAUUGGGAGAACUUCAAAAGAGUCUUUCUUGAGAAGUAUUUUCCUGAUGUUGUGAGAAGUCGGAAGAAAAUGGAAUUCCUUGAACUCAAACAAGGAAAUGACACGGUGGACGCAUAUGCUGCUAAAUUUGAUGCUUUGGUCUGUUACUGUACACACUACCAUGGUGAGGGUGGUGAUAGGGCCAAAUGUAUAAAAUUUGUUAAUGGUCUACGUCCUGAGGUAAAAAUGGCAAUUAAUUAUCAGGAAAUAUAUCACUUUCCCACUCUGGUCAAUAAGUGCAGCAUUUAUGAUCGUGACAACCGCGCUCUUGUAGCUUUUUAUAAAGGAGCUGGAGGCCCCACUCGUACGGUGAAUCCUAGUACCUCUGGUAGGAGUAAGCCUUACUCCACUCCUGCAAGAUUUCAAGGGAGUAUGGCUACUAAUAAUAAAAGUAAGCCUUUGUUAGAGAAUCCACUAUGA